AUGGCGUCAUCGUCAAACGUUCUAUUUCAGCCUACAUUGGCGUCAUCGUCAAGCGUUCCAUUUCAGCUUACAAUGGCGUCAUCGUCAAGUGUUUCAUCUCUGCCUACAAUGGCGUCAUCAAGCGUUCCCUUUCGCCCUGUAAUAACGUCGGCAAGUGUUCCCUUACGGGCUGCAAUGACAUCGGCAAGCGUUCUCUUUCAUCCAGGAGUAUCAUCGACAAACGUUCCCUUUCGACCUGAAAUGGCAUCGUCCGCAAGCGCCUUCGCUGAACGUCAAGCAGCUAAUUUUCAAAUAGCCGCUGGCGCACAGCCUCGUUAUCCCGUACGUCCAAGACCUAGCCCUGGCGUAUUCAUGUUUGGAAGGUUGCCUUUCCUUCACAGCAGAGUAUCGCGUUGCUAUGGAUGCGGGGGCAAGUGGCAGGAUGCAAGUGUAAAUUCAAGUAGUGCAUUCCGCGCACAAUACUGGCUAGUGUGUAUAUACACCGGUGAGAUCGAUGGAGAGACUUGCAUUACCCCGUCGUUGACAUAUUUUCGGUGGAGCCUGGUGGUAAGAACAAGGUCGUGUGGUGGAGAAGACGAUCUUAUCCCAUUUCUUCUUCAAGAACAUUACGAUUGA